AUGUUAAAAAUUUUCACGUCUUUAGCACUUUUAUGCCUUCUUAUUUCCAUGGCUGUUGCCUUGGCCGUGCCUGAAAGUUCAUUGGUUGUACGGACAGAGAAAACAACUUGCUACAAAAAACGUUCACCUUUGGAGAAGAGAAAUGAUGAUUACUAUAAAGAUGAAACAUGUCCUUGUGCAGUUGCCACUGCAGUAUUUAAUAAUAAACUUCACGGUAUCACCGCUUACACCCAGGAUGAAUGUGGUUGUACUAAGGCCAUAGGUCUUUUUUCAAGUGGUUUUAACCCAGAUAAGAAAUAUUGUGCCUUUAUCACUGACCGUUGUGGAAAGAUUCUUCACAAUAUCACCGAUCAACUAAAUUUAAAGAUUAACAAAGACGGUAGUACCGAGCCGUUUGUUUCCGAACUUCCUGAUAUUAAUCUUAACUGUAAAAAGGAUGGUAUCUUGCUUGCAUUCCCCAAACAUUCUAAACGUACUGAAGAUGAUUAUUAUAAAGAGUGCUGUUCUAGUUAUCAAAAACGCCAGGACGGAGGUGUCGGUUCCCAGAUGCAAUUUUAUGAAGACG